UGAAAUGUCAAUGUCAUUUCUUCACAUCUAUCAGAUAGACAUGAAACAUGGCAGUGUCCGCGUUUUCCGAAGACGGAAAAUAUUAUUCUAUUAUAUCUAAGGACGGUAGAUUGAAGAUAUGGGACACGGAGACAAAUGUUCUUAAGCAAGAAUACACGCCAGAUUUACAUUUGACCUCACCACCUUCUUGUUUGCAAUGGAUAAUCGUCUCAAGUUCAGCUGGUUCUCCACAAAAAGGCGGAAAGCGAAAACAGAGUUUCAGCGAACAAGAAACCCAGUGUAUAGUAUUAGGAACGACAAGUGGAAAAAUUCUCCUCUAUUCUGUGACCCAAGCUAAAGUAGAAAAUGUUAUCUCUGAUAGUAAACAGUCAAAUCGUAAUAUAACAACACUCGAUUGGCACAGACGUUACGGCUUAUACAGCUGUAGUAAGUCCGGGCAAGCUAUAGAGUGGGACUUACAGAGUGGCAAGGUUAGAAAUAAGUACAAUGUUACAAUUGACAAUGGAAAACAAGGGAGUGUUAGUGCAAUCAAGAUAGUGCCUCAUAAACAGAAUAGCUCUGCUAAGUUUCUAGUCACAGCAUCAUGGCAAGUGUGCUUGUGGCAGCUACAGGAUGGAAGUGCAAGCAUUGUGAAAAAGCUUGGCCACAAUACCAGCAGUGGUGCACUGUUGUCUGUGGUCAACCACAAUAAUGAGACUUGGCUGUUAGAAGGCUCACUUAAUGAGCGACUACUAUCAUUCUGGGAUAUUACUGUAACAGCAGACUACAUACCACAAGUAAAUGGGGACGAUUCAACACCCAGUAAAAGGCAGCGUAAAAAGUCGAUCACAUUGUCACCCUCCACACCGGCAUACAGCUUCGUACUAGAGGAUGCUCCCAGGUUUAUUGAUGUACGACUACGACAAGAAAAUGAUGGGAAUGUGUUGAAUUUGGCAGCAGCCACGAGAAGUGGCGUAGUGCACUUUUAUACACAUAUGUUAAGUGGGACAUCCACCAAACCCGUGAAGCCUUCGGUAACGGUUCAAGUGUCGAGUGCGGAGGCAGUGCCGUUACCGCUGCAGUGCUGUCGACUCCACGACAGCAGUAUAUUGCUGGGCUACUCCAUGGGGCCGGGUAUGCUGUUUGAGAAGCUGAACCCAGACCUAACAUCCAAGACCCAAGUCUUAAUCAGAGGAGAGAGUAAAUCGGCCAAGAAGAAAAACAAACAGACCAACAAUGAUGUGAACAAAGUCCGUGCUGACGUCACCAAUGACGUCAAUUACGUGGAGCCAAUGGGCGGCGUCGCCAGGAAGCGAACGGCGCCGGGAGAAAAGUUGGAGAUCCCAAUGGAAGCGAGACUCGAGAACCUCUCACUGGACCCGAGGAGCCGGAGCAAGUCAGCCGUCUACCAGAACCUGACCAAACUACUCAUACAAGGACUGCACUCUAAGGACAAGAACUUAAUCCUGACGGUUCUGCAGAAGAAUGAUGCCAGUGUUGCCAAUCAGACAGUGUCCGCGUUGCCAACAAACUACGUGCCUUUAUUGUUGGAACAGUUGGCAGACAUGGCCGCCAGGAAAACUAGCCAAUGCGCCUCAGUUUGUACGUGGCUAACGGCCACACUUCGCUGUCAUUCUGCUUUAUUACUGGCUACGACGGGAACCAAAUUCACGCACUAUCUCACGCAUCUACUGGCUUUAUUUACUCAGAGACGGUCUCAUCUAUGCCAGUUGUUGAAUCUAUCAGGGCGGCUAGAACUUACAAUAUCGCAGCGGACAGCCACACAUGAAGAACAAGUGGACCAGGAGGCGUUAAUUGAGUACAAAGGCCUUCAAUCUGCGCGGCCAGUCGUCUAUCGCAGCACGAACGAGGUCCAUGUCAAUAUCGGCGGCUGCCUUAAUCAAGGAUGUCUUGAGUGACUCCAAAUUGGGAUGAGGCUUUGAGCACGCCUUUUCCUCCAAGUGUUGCCAUAUCUUGUAAUCUAACGGACUCAAAACUGGACUGGAGGAGGGCCAGUCUUCGUGCCAGAUGAAGUCGAUUUCACGCGCCGCCAGCCAGUCUUGUGUGCUCUUCGCUCUAUGAGCUGGCGCCGAAUCUUGUUGGAAUACUCAGUGCCUGUUAUUGAACAUGGUAUGAGAAACAGGUUCCACAAGGUUCGUCAGGACUGUAUUUUGAUACGCAACUGCAUUCGUUUUUACAUCUUUCUCACAAAAAUUUACCUCUUUUAAGUCGCAAUAAGAAACUCCCAACCAUACCAUGAGCGAGGAUGGAAAAUGACCUCGUUGGACACGCGGAAUACGGUUGCUCGCUUCUUCACUACUGUGUGCGUACACCUUAUCAUUUUGUUUGUUGUAGCUCUCCUCUACAGUAAAAUUUUUUUCAUCCGAAAAAAGAAUUUCCCGAUAUUUUUUUCCCGCGUACCGCUUCAACAAAGCGCGGUAUCUCUUCAGUCUCAGGUCCAUUAGACGAGCAUUCAAACGAUGUCCUGUUUUUCUUCCAUAUGCCCGAAGCCCUAAGUCUUCAUUUAACACCCUUUUCACCGUGGUUCUGCUUAACCCCAUCUGAAGGGCCAACAGUUUCUGCUUACGUUUGGGAUUU